UAACCCCAAUUUAUUUCCUCCAAUGCAAGAAAUGAACCAUUUCUACGGUACAGUAUGUACGUAGUACGGUUCCGUACAUCACCGUACCUGGAGAGUUUCCUCCGUGACACUCCCAUCUAAAAUUGAAUCACUCGUUUUGCUCGUCWUUCGAAUAGAACAGAACCCACUAUGAGGAUCGGAAUCAUCGGCGAUGGAAUCRUCGGAACAGCCAUCGCAGCAACCCUGGCCAAGAACCGCCCCUCAUUAGAGAUAACGCUGAUCGACGAUGGACGCCCGUUCAAAACGUCUCGAGCCGGCCAGGGCUACCUCUGGAGCAUCCACCGAUUCGACGACGCCGUUGGCCUGGAAACGUCCGUGAUGGCCAAGAACGCCUGGAGGGACUUGCUCGGCGAUGGCGACGGCGACGGCGUCGAUGGACAKCCCCUCCUUAAGAAGACUGGAUCCCUGCUCAUCGCACCUAACCGCGAUGCUUCCGCUCUGAACGACUACUACCAGCGCGCUAGGAACAGYCCGCAUCUGCCGAACCUGCAGUUCCUUUCCGAUGCAUCGACGCACAACUUCCUCCUCCGKCCCGGCGAGUUUCACGGGGUGUACUCCCCCGAYGACUACACGUGCAAUCCUCUCGAGCUCAUCGAGUUCCUCCGGACCAAGUUUCGGCUCGAGACAGACCAUCGAACGGUCACGGAUCUUCGGAGCGAGUUGCGGACGAGAACUGCUGCUGGCGGAGGCGAUCCGAGCGAUUCCGGAUUUGAUUGUGUGAUUUGUUGUGCCGGUCCCUGGAUCAACGAUCUAGAAGACGUCAAUCUAAAGCCCAUCCGUGGGUUGCUAUUAGAGGCGGGCGUGGGUGAUGCCCUAGAAGACGCAAUGCCGUCGACGUCGACAUACAAAACUGACGGAAACGAAGAAGUGGUAAAAGCACUGGAGCAAGAGUCAAAGUUGGUUCCAAUGAUGGAAUUUGGGUACGGCACSCAGGGGAUUCAUUUUACSUUAUCAUCCAGGGACGGCGCACUCUUGGUUGGAGCUAGUCGUGAGGCGGUAGGGUUCUCGACGACCGAUUUGGAGAUCUUAGAGGAGGCCAUCCUCCGGCACGCCGACAAGUUCGUGGUUUCUGGUGGUAUCGGACCGGUMUUGGCACGUCGGCUAGGGUUUCGACCGGCAUGCUUCGACCAAAAACCGAAAACUGGGAGGAACUACUGGAUCGAAAACUCUGCGUCCGACSACCGGAUUCUUCUUGUCUAUGGAUUUGAAGGUGAGUAACGUUGUGCAUGCAUAACAGUGGAUUAGAAAGAUUAUAUCGUG